CACUUCCUGUCCCCUCUGUCAGAUGACCACGUCUCGUGAACGCUUUCAUUCAUGUCUGUCCCUCUCGGGUUUCCGUCGCUUCCUAGGAGCCAGGAAAGGAAGGCGGAUCAGGAAGUGGCGCUGUUGAGGAAUGAACUGAGGGCACCGGGGCACGGCUAGCGAGAAGAGUCGGGUCUGGAUGUCAGUUUCCUGAGGUGUCUGUGGAAGCCAUUGGUGUAGGGGGAGAAGGUGAAGCUCCGCUGCUUUAUACGCUGCCGCUGUGCGAGGGGCGACCCGUGUGAGACGUGCCAUUCGUGUCUAUGGAGAGCAGCGGCCGCCUGCUGGACGUGGGGCCCUAAAGUCCUCGGUCAGAGCCGGAGCUGUAGACAUUACUAGCUGAUCACCUAUCCUCUACAUGGUCAGGCAUUGGUCAUGUCAGAACGUCCCUCCUCACCACCAUGGGGCAUCACUGAGAUCCUGAGAUGGACCGUGCUUCACCUUGGCCUCCUGUGAGGAUUGUUCUUCAUAUAAUGUGUAUAGGAGUCCUAUGUGGAGAAUGCUGGCAUGUAAAUGGAGAAGUGCGCCCCACAUAUGAGGUGUCUGUGAAUCUUCAGGAUCCCUGGCAGUAGACCAUAGAUUGGCAGAGAAUAAGACUCAUAAUGGGAGAGAAUAGCCCAGAGCUGGCCCUUAUGUCCAUGGAGGAGGAUGGCAUCUGCCCAGAUGACAAAGUGCGGAAGUGGUUCCUGGAUAAAGGAGGACGAGAAGCCACCACGGUAUAUGAUACCACCACUGUCCUCAUAGAGCAGGACCAACAGCCGUCAGAGGAAGAUGACGAGGAGGAGGAGGAUGACAGUAAUGUUGGCACCAACUUACCGUUCCUUGAUGCCGCCAAUGAGGAAGGCCUGUUGCUUAUGACCGAUCAGGACGCCAUGUCUCAAGGCUAUGUUCAGCACAUUAUUUCUCCAGAUCAGAUCCACUUCACUAUUAAUCCUGGCUCUACACCGAUGCCCAGGAACAUUGAGGGGGCCACAUUAACCCUGCACUCCGAGUGCCCUGAAACCAAGCAAAAGGAGGUGAAGCGCUAUCAGUGUACGUUUGAAGGCUGCCUUCGCACAUACAGCACAGCAGGAAAUCUGCGCACUCACCAGAAAACACACCGAGGGGAAUACACCUUUGUAUGUAACCAGGAGGGCUGUGGGAAGGCGUUUCUUACCUCAUACAGCCUCAAGAUUCACGUCCGUGUACACACAAAGGAAAAGCCUUUUGAAUGUGACGUGCAGGGCUGUGAAAAAGCUUUUAAUACCCUCUACAGGUUAAGAGCACAUAAAAGACUCCACACGGGUGAAACCUUCAAUUGUGUGACAGAAGGUUGCAGCAAGUAUUUCACUACCCACAGCGACUUACGGAAGCACAUUCGCACGCACAACAGGGAGAAACCAUUCCGAUGUGAUCAUGAUGGAUGUGGUAAAACAUUUUCUGUAAGCCACCACCUGAAAACACAUGCAAGGAAGCAUACAGGAAAGCCACACUUUUUUUGCGCCCUUGAUGGAUGUGAGAAAACUUUAAGCACACAGGACAGCUUAAUGAGUCACAUGAAGGAUCAUGAUCCUACUGGGGUGGAUGAGCAGUUCCACAAUAAUGCAGAGGACACAAACCAUUGGCUCUGCCUCAGUGAUCUAAGCACUUUAUCCACUGAUUCGGAACUUCGGGAUAAUGCUGAUGGAAGGCCUGGACAAGCCCUGGGUUCAUUAUUAUCACCAAACCUAUUUCAGUCCAUGUUUCAGAGUCCAGAACACAUAGAGGAAAAUGCUUUUGCUCAUCAGACAGAUGCGAUAUUGAAAAGUUGGACUUCAGAAAUACAGACAAUACAUUCUGCAGAGACCAGCACAAGUGAUCCUCCUUCUCUAGUUAUCCCUACGGUUAACCCAAGCGCUGUCUCGGAGGCUUCCCUGCAGACUGCACCUAGCACAGCGUCCAUGCCUUUACCUUCUGGCUCCAUUGGAUGUGGGACUCAGACAGCACCUGUUGUGUCUAUCACAGCACCACAACCUUUGGAAGUGCCUAUCCACAAUGGGGGUCCUUUCAUAGUCACCCAGGACAACUUCAUAACUCCUCAGACCUCUCAGCCCUUAGUUGAGGGAUUGACUGUGGUUGCAGGACCUACUUUGCCUGUAGGAGCCCCUACAGAUACUGUCUUACCAGCGUUGGUGCAGGCUGCAGUUUCUAGUGCCAGUACAGUGCUGGACAACAACCCUGCCAUAACCUUAACACAGACUCCUAAUGCAACCAUCUUGCAGCCAAGCAUAGUGAUGGAUGAGCAAAAUCUUCAAUGGAUUUUAAAUCAAACUUCACAAAAUCAUAAGCAUUCUCAGCAAGCUCCAAAGGUAGAGAAUUUAUUCUUCACCACUACAGUCCCGUUUACAGCCACCGGUAAUACCGUACAGCAAAUUGGUUUGAGCGUACCUGUUAUCAUCAUCAAACAAGAAGAGUCCUGUCAGUGUCAGUGUGCCUGUAGAGAUUCUGUUAAAGAGACUCCUGUCAAUCCCAAUACAUGUUCCACUUCCGAAUCUACCACCGACCUCGAACCAGCAGCUGAGUCCCCCCCUCCUGAUCCUGUACCCCUUCCACCUUCACCAUGUGAAGGAAGCAGUGGACAUUUAUUGAAUUCUGCAGACUCUGAACCAUGGACACCGCCUUCUAUACACAUCCCAGACUUCCUUUCCCUUCAGAGUCCAGAGAAUUCCUCCUCUCUGGUCCCUGUGGAAGCCUUGCUGCAAGGAGAUGAUAUCAGCCUUAGCGGCUUUUCUAAAUAGACUGGAAAAUCUGCCAAUGGACAUUUUUUUUUGGAAAUUUUUGUAGUCCCCUUACUGACAACACUCAGUAUUCAUCUCUGGCUACAUAACCCAACUGGCAGCUCUAUGUUCAAUCUGUUUUCAUAUCUGGUAGCUUUGUUGUAUGAAAGCCCUGACUGAAGGAAAGGAAGCAGCUUUACCAUGUGGCACUGAAGGGUUGUCAGCCGGGAUACACCAAUUGCUUUAUUGCACUAUAAGUCACUUUGUGAAUUUCUGGAGGAAUAUAUAUAUAUAUAGAUAUAUGUAUCUCACGACAUAGAUAAAUCACUGGAGUUAAUGUUUUACAAAAUAUUGUUACUAGACAUUUUACAAUGGGACAGAUAUAUAAAGAUGUUUUAAUAUUGGCUUUAUUUGUAUAAUUUCAUCCAGAAAUGCUGAAAAUCUACCAAUGAUCACUUUGCAUUCGUGGAGUGACCUGACCUUUAGUUGUCUUCCUCAUUAGAUCUUUUGGAAAUAAAUACCCAACGAUAAGGAACAGUUUAUAGUGUUAGAAUAUGAAAGAAAAGCUAUCAUUAAUUUCAUGCUGCCUGAACCAUGAGUCAUCUGGCCGGUUCUUGGUGGUGGCUUCUGUCUGCCCCACCAACUUUGAUUUAAAGGGGUACUCCGCUGCUCAGCGUUUGGAACAUUCUUUUCCGAACGCUGGAGACAAUGCCAUAGCCCUGCCCCCUCUUGAUGUCACGUCCCACCCCCUCAAUGCAAGUCUAUGGGAGGGGGCGUGACAGCCUCCCAUAGACUUGCAUUGAGGGGGCGGGGCUAUUCGUCACAUGCUCCCAGCUCCAGCGUUUGGAACACACUGUUCCGGAGUACCCCUUUAAUAGUCCCCCUCCUGUUUGAUUAUAGAGAACAAUUUAUCAAUAAAUGCUGGCAGGGCAGGCAGAAGCCACCAGAAACUGCCCCGAUAACUUGUGGUUCAGGCAGCAUAAAAGUGAUCACAAGUUCACUUCAAAUUGUCAGAAAAACAUGGUAGCAAGGCGAUCGGGGUUCACAACAAUGUAAUAAGAUUCCAAGCCAAUGCUACACACGUUUUUAUUACACUAUACUCAGAUACCGAUGCUGCAUCAUAGCUUCAUUCAAAAUAAUUAUGGGGCACAGAUUCCCUCAUCUCUUUGUUGGCCAUACAGCUUCCCUGUCCAUGAUAGGGCUUACUAUGUAGGAUCACAUGAUUCUACCCUCCUUGACUGAGCGCAGUUUAGAGGCACAGUGGUAGAUCUCAUCGCAUACUCCUCUAUGCUGAAUAAUUACAUGAAGGGGAAUGGUGCAGCAUCAGUGUGAGUGAGUUCUUAUUGUAAAGUAUGUUUUGGUAUUGGGUGUGUAAAGAGUUAAUUUUUUCUAAAGAGGUUUUCCCAUGAAGAAAGUGUAUUACCUAAUCUGCAGGAUAGGUUAGAAGUGUCUGAUCGGUGAGGUCUGACCACUGAGCCUCCACUGUUCUCAGUCACUUGUCUCCCCUUUGAAGUGGUGGUCAGACCAAUGGAGUGGUGGUCAGACCAAUGGAGUGGUGGUCAGACCAAUGGAGUGGUGGUCAGACAUGCCACUACUUAUAACUUUUAUGAGCUUGAUAAAGAAAGUACAAAACAGUGCUAUAAACAUCAAGCCUAUAGAAGUGAAUGUUGUUGUGACCCCACUGAUCAGAUCUACGGAUAGGUGUUUGGCAUCCUUUAUGGGAAAAUCCCUUUCUCCCACCUCUAGGAUUAGCCGGUGAUAACAUGGCUGCUAGUACAUUAAGAAGGGACGUCCUUAACACUUUUAACAAGAGGAAAGAACUAAAAUGCUGUCAUUAAAAUCCUUGAUUUAAUGUUAAUAUGUUUUUGUGUUUUUUCUUUUUAUGCUAAAGCAGGGCAUUAUGGCAUUACCCAGGAGAACAAUACUUUUCUGGAUCUGCUUAUUCUUGCUAUUGCUGUUGGGAAAUAUUCAGGGACUGCAUUAUUAUGUUGUGCCUUCCAUUGCCAGUAAAAUGUAAAAGUGUUACGAUAUUUCUAAUCAUAGUAGCUAUGUAAUUUAUUAAAUCAUUUCUCCUCUGUU